AGUCGAUCAUUACUUAGUUUUCAAGCAGGGUACCGGAGGAUAACGCCCUGGCCAGUGUCUAUCUGUACAUCCGUUCCUUGAGAAGCGGCUUUCACCUCAAGUGUCCGGUAGAACCAAGAGACAUUUCAGGUCUCAAUGCCACCCGGUUUCUAGCGAAGACACGCGGCUCAACUCGAGCUAAAACAAGACAAGAUGACCGGUAUCCACGUGGAGGGACUGGCGGCGAUCGUCCUCUUCUACGUUCUGAUCCUUGCGGUGGGGAUCUGGGCAGCGUGGAAGAACAAACACGCCGGGGAGGCGGAGGGCACAGACCGCAGUGAAACCAUCAUGGUCGGUGGAAGGGACAUUGGUUUAUUUGUUGGUGGUUUCACCAUGACCGCGACCUGGGUUGGUGGCGGAUAUAUAAACGGAACGGCGGAGUACGUCUAUCUUCCUGGGUACGGCUUGGCUUGGGCACAAGCGCCUUUUGGAUAUGCGCUAAGUCUCAUCGUAGGGGGUCUGUUCUUCGCCAAGCCCAUGCGCUCCAGAGGUUACGUUACCAUGCUGGACCCUUUCCAGCAGAAGUACGGGAAGAGGAUGGGCGGUCUGCUCUUCAUACCUGCUCUAAUGGGAGAGAUCUUCUGGUCGGCGGCCAUUUUAUCUGCUCUGGGAGCCACGCUGAGUGUGAUCAUAGACAUAAAUAUCAAGAUGUCUGUGGUGAUCUCUGCCUGUAUUGCGAUCUUCUACACGUUAGUCGGAGGUCUGUAUUCUGUAGCCUACACCGACGUGGUGCAACUCUUCUGUAUCUUCCUGGGACUGUGGGUUUCAGUGCCCUUCGCUCUGAACAACCCAGCGGUGUCGGACAUCAAGAUCAGUGCAGUGAAGGAGAUCUACCAAGCUCCCUGGAUGGGAAACAUCAAGACAGAAGACACCUGGGUCUGGAUAGACAACUUCUGUCUGCUGAUGUUGGGGGGGAUUCCCUGGCAGGUAUAUUUUCAACGGGUUCUCUCUGCCUCUUCAGCUACUUACGCCCAGGUGCUCUCGUUCAUCGCCGCUGCAGGGUGCCUGGUCAUGGCCGUGCCCUCAGUAAUGAUCGGGGCUAUAGGGGCCUCCACAGACUGGAACCAGACGGCGUAUGGACCUGUACCUCCCAAGGAGAGGGACCAGGCAGACAUGAUAUUACCCAUAGUCCUCCAGUACCUCUGUCCUCCCUUCGUCUCCUUCUUCGGCCUGGGGGCGGUCUCUGCUGCCGUGAUGUCAUCCGCCGACUCCUCCAUCCUAUCAGCUAGCUCCAUGUUCGCUCGGAACAUCUACCAGCUGGCUUUCCGCCAAUCGGCAUCGGACACCGAGAUCGUGUGGGUGAUGCGUGUCACCAUCUUUGUGUUCGGCGGCCUGGCCACGGCGAUGGCGUUGCUAACGGGGACGGUGUACGGGCUGUGGUACCUGAGCUCCGACCUGGUCUACGUUAUCAUCUUCCCUCAGCUCAUCUCCGUUCUCUUCGUCAAGGGGACCAACACGUACGGCUCCGUCGCCGCUUACGUCUUCGGUCUGAUCCUGCGGAUCGGAGGAGGGGAACCCUACCUCUCACUACCCCCCUUCAUCUACUACCCCGGCUGGCAGAUAGAGGACCGGAUCCAUCAUCUGACUGGAGAGGUGGAACACAUUGUGGUGCAGAAGUUCCCGUUUAAGACCAUCUCCAUGUUGGCCUCCUUCCUGGGCAACGUGGCUUUCUCCUACCUGGCUAAGUAUCUGUUUGAGAGCGGCAAGUUGUUGCCCAAGUAUGACUUCCUGGACGCGGUGUUGGCCCAGCACAGCAUAGAGAACAUGGACAAGACCACGUUGGUCAACCGUAACACCAUCGCGCUGUCUGAGAUGGCGACUGUCAAACCACGACUCAGCGUUCAACUGGCGGCUGCGUUCACUCGCAGAGACACUCUGGCUGAGGAGGACUCGAGUCCCGAAGACAGCCCCAACCACGAGACCCUGGACUAAACCCCGGAUCUUGAACCCGGAACGUAAAGAGACUAAAGAGAGGACUGAAAUGACGGAGACUGAAAUACACAUUUUGACUCGUUUGAUAUUUAACCACUUUGAUUUGAUCCCCAUCACGGCCAAGUGAGUUAUGGAGAUGGAACAGAAUAGAUGGCACGGAGAUAAGAGGACAUUAUGGAGAUGGAACAGAAUAAAUGGCACGGAGAUAAGAGGACAUUAUGAAGAUGGAACAGAAUCGAUGGCACGGAGAUAAGAGGACAUUAUGGAGAUGGAACAGAAUAAAUGGCACGGAGAUAAGAGGACAUUAUGGAGAUGGAACAGCAUAGAUGGCACGGAGAUAAGAGGACAUCAUGAAGAUGGAACAGAAUAAAUGGCACGGAGAUAAGAGGACAUCAUUGGCCCAGUGUCCUUGACAUAAGAGACCAGACUAAUGUUGCUGCUGAAUGUGUGUCACCAGUGGAGAACGGACCGCCAUGUUGGUACGUAAUCAGACCUGAACUCUCUCUCCCUGGUCUCAGUCUGUGAUGAAAUGACCGCGGGUGAUAAAAGCAGCAAUCCUAUUGGACAUGAACAGAGACUUUUUUUAAAAAAAACUAAGUUUUUGAUCCAAUAGAAUUGGUUUUGAGCCAAAAAUGGACAGGCAGUUCUGAGUUUAAAGAUUGAAAUAGUUUGUCACUGUUAUUUUAGUUACAAACAGCAACACUUACAUCUUUACUUUGACUGAUGAAUUAAGUUUUGGUCUGAAUGGGAAUUGUAAUGUUCUGAGACGUAUCGUAGAAAGAUAAACAUCUCUAAUCACAUAAGCAGACGGACAAUAAUCAAUACAGGACUACUGGGUUAUUACUAAAGGCCUGUCUAUAUACAGCCCUACUGGGUUAUUACUAAAGGAACUACUGGGUUAUAACUAAAGGAACUACUGGGUUAUAACUAAAGGAACUACUGGGUUAUAACUAAAGGAACUACUGGGUUAUAACUAAAGGCCCUACUGGGUUAUUACUAAAGGCCCUACUGGGUUAUUACUAAAGGAACUACUGGGUUAUAACUAAAGGCCCUACUGGGUUAUUACUAAAGGCCUGUCUGUAUACAGCCCUACUGGGUUAUUACUAAAGGAACUACUGGGUUAUUACUAAAGGCCUGUCUAUAUACAGCCCUACUGGGUUAUUACUAAAGGCCCUACUGGGUUAUAACUAAAGGAACUACUGGGUUAUUACUAAAGGCCCUACUGGGUUAUUACUAAAGGAACUACUGGGUUAUUACUAAAGGAACUACUGGGUUAUUACUAAAGGCCUGUCUAUAUACAGCCCUACUGGGUUAUUACUAAAGGAACUACUGGGUUAUAACUAAAGGCCUUACUGGGUUAUUACUAAAGGGCCUACUGGGUUAUAACUAAAGGCCCUACUGGGUUAUAACUAAAGGCCCUACUGGGUUAUUACUAAAGGCCCUACUGGGUUAUUACUAAAGGCCCUACUGGGUUAUAACUAAAGUCCCUACUGGGUUAUUACUAAAGGCCUGUCUAUAUACAGCCCUACUGGGUUAUUACUAAAGGAACUACUGGGUUAUUACUAAAGGCCUGUCUAUAUACAGCCCUACUGGGUUAUUACUAAAGGCCUGUCUAUAUACAGUCCUACUGGGUUAUUACUAAAGGGCCUACUGGGUUAUUACUAAAGGCCCUACUGGGUUAUUACUAAAGUCCCUACUGGGUUAUUACUAAAGUCCCUACUGGGUUAUUACUAAAGGCCCUACUGGGUUAUUACUAAAGGCCUGUCUAUAUACAGCCCUACUGGGUUAUUACUAAAGGCCCUACUGGGUUAUUACUAAAGGCCAUACUGGGUUAUUACUAAAGGCCCUACUGGGUUAUUACUAAAGGCCCUACUGGGUUAUUACUAAAGGCCCUACUGGGUUAUUACUAAAGGCCCUACUGGGUUAUUACUAAAGGCCUGUCUAUAUACAGCCCUACUGGGUUAUUACUAAAG